CCCUUGGACCUUCACUCCGUGACGGCCGCAAUACCCGCCAGUUGGCAGCAGUGCGAGAAGAUAUCCUCAAGAUUCUGCGACCGGAAGUUCGAGUGCACUACAACCCACAGCAUGCGUCGGGCAACCAUCCAGUGUCUCCAGCGGCGGCCAUUGUCGAGGGCCCAUCUUGCAGCUCGCCCUACCUCUCGCUUCAUCUCAGCGAGCUCGAUCCGGAUGUCUGCAUCUCUGAAGUCGGUCAGUCCUCCUUUGCCUUCAGCAGAUCCUACAUCCUCAUUCCAGCUGUUGUCAACGGAAGAGAAAGUUGGAGAAUCUGAAGAUACAGUAUUCAAUGACCAAGUCAAACAAGUCCAAGAGUGGUGGGCUUCGCCCAGAUACAAGGGCAUCAAAAGACCCUAUUCUGCAGAAGAUGUCGUCAGCAAGCGAGGAACCUUACAACAAGUCUACCCGUCUUCGUUGAUGGCCAGGAAACUAUUCAAUCUUCUGGAAGAACGAGCUGCCAAGGGAGAGCCUGUACAUACAAUGGGAGCCAUCGAUCCUGUGCAGAUGACACAGCAAGCACCUCAUCAAGAAAUUCUCUAUGUAUCUGGAUGGGCCUGUUCUUCCGUCUUGACUAGCACAAACGAGGUUUCUCCCGACUUUGGUGACUAUCCUUACAACACAGUUCCCAACCAGGUGCAACGUCUUUUCAAAGCACAGCAAUUGCACGACAGAAAGCACUAUGACGCAAGGAGGAAGAUGUCUCCCGAGGACAGGAAGAAGACGCCGUAUACUGAUUAUCUUCGACCAAUUGUCGCAGACGGAGACACCGGGCACGGUGGUCUUUCCGCAGUAUUGAAGCUGGCUAAGCUGUUUGCCGAGAAUGGAGCUGCAGCUGUACACUUCGAGGACCAACUACAUGGCGGUAAGAAGUGUGGCCACUUGGCAGGCAAGGUUCUGGUUCCGGUUGGCGAACACAUCAACCGCCUAGUCGCGACACGCUUCCAAUGGGAUAUGAUGGGUUGUGAAAACUUGGUCAUCGCCCGUACGGAUUCUGAAAGUGGCAAGCUGUUGAGCAGCGCUAUAGAUGCUCGCGACCAUGAAUAUAUCCUUGGUUCGACCGAAGAUAUCGAGCCUUUGGCAGAAACACUCCAAGUCAUGGAACAGGAAGGUGCAACAGGUGCUGAAAUCGACGCCUACGAGGCCAAGUGGACCAAAGAGCACAAACUUGUCACGUUCGAUGAGGCUGCCAUCGCCCACAUCAAGUCUCAGACUUCCGACUCCGAGAAGGUCUGCAAAUAUGGAAGUGAGAUCGCUGCAAACCGUAACCGACCCCUGAACAGCCGUCGUCAGCUUGCUGCAUCCAUCGCAGGUUCUCCCGUCCAGUUCAGUUGGGAUGUGCCACGCACGAAGGAAGGCUUCUAUCACUACCGUGCCGGGCUUGCCGCGGCAACAAAGCGCGCAAUCGAGUUUGCCCCAUUCGCCGAUCUGCUAUGGCUCGAGACUGGCGACCCGAGUGUGCAAAAAGCUGCAGGCUUCGCCAAAGAAAUCAGAGAUGUGUGUCCCGGAAAGAAACUCGUGUACAACCUCAGUCCCAGCUUCAAUUGGAUGGGCCAUGGAUUUAGCGAAGACCAACUUAAGAACUUCAUCUGGGACCUGGGCAAGGAAGGAUUUGUUCUUCAGCUCAUCUCACUGGCUGGUCUUCACAGUACUGCCACGAUCACCAACGAGCUCGCCAAGGGGUUCAAGACCGACGGCAUGCUAGCAUAUGUCAACCUCGUCCAACGUCGUGAGCGCGAGCUUGGUUGUGACGUCCUCACACAUCAGAAAUGGAGCGGUGCAAGCUAUCUGGACGGCAUUCUGGGUAGCAUUCAGAGCGGUAGCAGUAGCAGCAAGAGUAUGGGUGAAGGUAACACGGAAGGAAGCUUCUAGGCAGACAAGUUGGACUGAGUAAAUUUCGACUUGAUUGAUCUGUCUGGCUCCUGGGAUUCAGCUUCAGUCAUGUCUAUAAGCUAUCACAAACGAACAGAACAUCACUCUCGCAUAUGGAACAGUCUCUGUCAAAUUAUCACUAGAAGUUUUCGGUCCCACA